UCACAGUCACACACAUAUCGUGUUUCAAAAUCACACGUUUAUAACAAAUCAAUAGUGAACAGCAGUUUGAAUCGCAUUUCCCCUGUGCUACACUACAAAGCGAGUUGGGACACGUGAUUUAUGUGUUGUUUGCUGGAAGUGGAGCAUGCACGUCAGCUCACAACUGACAGUGACAGUGUUCAUUCAUAAAAAUGUCCCGAAGAAAAGUAUGCACUAACGGGAGUUUUGUAGCUCCACUCCUGUUGGCUUUAUUCUCGAGGGAAUAAAAGUCUAACGCAAAGCUCGGAUCUCGCGCUUGCCGAGGCAGCGCAUGGAUUGGGUUUUCAUUAAAGAAUAUAGACCUUUUUCACACUUCCGCAUUUUUAACCGGAAGUUAGUUGAGAACAUGCAAAGACACUUUCUGUUACUGUAGAAGUAGAUAGCGGGAAAUGCAAAAAUGGCAGAGUCAAAAAACAGUUUUUGUUGUGUCCCGGGUUGUUCGUGUUGUAACCAAAAGCAACCAUAGCCUACCUCUCUUUUCACUCAUUUCCAUCUGACCAAGCAACAAGAAAUUUGUGGAUUCAUGCUGUAAGAAGAGAAGAAGGGCCGAAUUUCUCUGUGAGGAAAGGCAACACUUACAGUACGUCUGUAGCAGACACUUUGCCAAGGAGGAUUACUUCGGUGGAACAACCAUCAGUCGUCUUAAAAGUGGUGUUGUCCCAAGCCUGUUCCCUUGGAACAAUUUUACAGCACCACUCAAAAGGGAGUCUGUAUUUGAAAGGGUGAACAAACGUCAGCUGGUCCCCUCCCAGGCGGAUGACAAUGGUGCAGCUUCUAAGGCUAUUAAAAUGGAUCACGAUUAUGUGAGACACCCACCCGCAGGAGCACUGGAUGAGGCCCUGGGUUACAUUGAAGAUUUGGAAGCCAGACUGAAGAGAGUAGACCUGCCAUCUCCCACCCUCUUCAGCAGAUAUUGUGCAUCAGAUGACCAAAUCAGAUUCUACACUAAAUUUCCAUCUGAGGGUUUAUUUAGAAUCUUUUGGGAGUCUAUUGCACCAUCUGCCUCUCGACUGGUGUACUGGACCAAGGCAAAGAGGAUUGGGGAUGAAGCCUGUCCUGAACCCAGCCCACCUCGCAUCAUGCCAUUAAUUGAUGAGUGUUUGAUGUACUCUUUCCGGGUUGCUGUGGGCAUGAAAGAGCAGCUAAUUGCUGACAUGUUUAAUGUGAGCAUUGCCACUGUCAGCAGGGUUACCAUCACCUGGGCUAAUUAUCUUUUUAUUGUGCUGUCCUCAGUUAAAAUCUGGAUCAAAAGGGAAAAGGUCAAAUUAAGUAUGCCACCGAAAUUCCAGAAAUACUGUCCUAAUGUCAGGGUCAUUCUGGAUUGCACAGAAAUUGCUCUGGAGAACGCCUCAUCCUUGACCUUGCAGUCAGAAACCUUUUCCAACUACAAGAACAGAACAACACUGAAAGGCCUCAUCGGAGUAGCUCCCUGUGGUUUGAUUACAUUCAUCUCACCUCUUUACACUGGCUGCAUUUCAGACAAGGAGAUCACCAAAAUUUGUGGAAUCCUUCCCAUACUGGAGCCAGGGGACGAUGUUAUGGCAGAUAAGGGCUUCCUUAUUGAAGACCUCCUCGCUGAAGUUGGAGCAAAGCUGAUCAUUCCACCUUUUAAGCAUUCAGCACAAUUCAGCAAGGAAGAAACAGCACAAACCCAAGCCAUUGCCCGCCUCAGGAUUAUAGUGGAGAGGGCGAUAGCCAGAGUGAAGUCCUUCCACAUCUGGGACUCCCCUGUACCACUUACACUGAUUGGAAGUGUGAAUCAGAUGUGGCUCAACUGUUGUGUCCCGUCCAAUUAUCAGGGACCUUUUUGUCUUGAGGAAUAAAUUAAUCAAAUGAUGUUGUAAUGUCAUGUUAAAUAUGUAAAUAGUUAUAAUGUACAAAAGUAUACAUAUAUAAUGUAUUUCUGUGAUGCAAAGUGUCUGAACAAUUAUGUUACCUCUAUGGCAUUUCAUAUAGGCUUUUAGCU